UCAUCCCAUGAGCAAGAUGUCAGGGGAGGAGGAGGAGUUUUAUCUGUUCAAGAACAUCUCCUCAGUGGGGCCUUGGGGUGGGCCUCAGUACCACAUUGGCCCUGUCUGGGCCUUCCACUUACAAGCAGCUUUCAUGGCCUUUGUCUUCUUUGUAGGGACACCACUCAAUGCCCUAGUGCUGGUGGCCACACUUCGUUACAGAAAGUUGCGGCAGCCACUCAACUACAUCCUGGUCAACAUAUCCCUGGGGGGCUUCCUCUCCUGCAUCUUCUCUGUCUUCAUUGUCUUCAUCUCCAGCUGUAAGGGAUACUUCAUUUUUGGUCGCUAUGUUUGUGCUUUGGAGGCCUUCGUGGGCUCUGUGGCAGGUCUGGUAACAGGAUGGUCACUGGCCUUCUUGGCCUUUGAGCGCUACAUUGUCAUCUGUAAGCCAUUCGGCAACAUCCGCUUCAGCUCCAAGCAUGCACUGAUGGUUGUCCUGGCUACUUGGACCAUUGGUAUUGGCGUCUCCAUCCCACCCUUCUUUGGCUGGAGCCGGUUCCUCCCUGAAGGCCUGCAGUGUUCCUGUGGCCCUGACUGGUACACUGUGGGCACCAAAUAUCGCAGCGAGUACUACACCUGGUUCCUCUUCAUCUUCUGCUUCAUCGUGCCCCUUUCCCUCAUAUGCUUCUCUUACUCCCAGCUGCUGGGGGCCCUCAGAGCUGUUGCAGCUCAGCAGCAGGAGUCAGCUACCACCCAGAAGGCCGAGCGGGAGGUGAGCCGCAUGGUGGUGGUGAUGGUGGCAUCCUUUUGUCUUUGUUAUGUGCCCUAUGCUGCCUUGGCCAUGUACAUGGUCAACAACCGUAACCACGGGCUGGACUUAAGGCUUGUCACCAUUCCUGCCUUCUUCUCCAAGAGUGCUUGUGUCUAUAAUCCCAUCAUCUACUGCUUCAUGAAUAAGCAGUUUCGAGGCUGCAUCAUGGAGAUGGUGUGUGGGAAGUCCGUGGCAGAUGAAUCUGACAUGUCCAGCUCCCAGAAAAUGGAAGUUUCUACUGUCUCUUCUAGCCAAGUUGGCCCCAACUAAGGAGCCCGCACCGGUUCAUUUGCAGCAACUAGAAUUUUACAUUUAAGCAAGUUUUUAUUUCCUCUAAAACCAAACUAUUAAUAAAACACAGAAAAAAGGAAGCAGAGGGGCGGUUUGGGAAUCAAGUUUUCAUUUUCCUAUUAUUUCCUUCCUGCCCGUAGAGCUACUGCUCCCAGCUUGGAUUACUUCAGACCACUCAAAGGCCAUUUAAACAAUCAUCAGUUUCUACUCCAAAGUGGCACCAUUCAGAGCACUUGGAGAACUGAUCUCUAUACACAAUGUAAUUAUAAAGUAAGGCUGAUUUUAUUUCAGUGUACAGAUAAAACGUCUUCAGAAACAUUUUUUUACUUCUGGAAUCUGUUCUGAGAUGACAGUAUUCUGAAUUAGAAAAAACUUAAACCUUAGAAACGGUGAGACAUAAAAACAAAAACCUUUAGUAAGCCCCAAACAUGAGUUUGAAAGAUUUCUUUAUGCCCUCUCUGCCAAUAGUUGCUGGUCUGGGCAGGAACAGUCAUUCCCCUAAGCCCCUGAGCCAGCAUGAAUUAUUCCAGAAGCCCUCCCCCCAGUGUGGCUAAACCUUAGCUGAGUAUUUCCUAAAGUUAAUAGUUUAACUUCCUACAUGUACUCGAAAUGAAUUUGCACCUUUUAAUAUUUUUAUUAAAGUUUAUAUGAAAUGCUUAAAAA